CAGUGAACAGCGAGUAGAAGUUUAAAAUUUCUUCAAGAAAAUCGUAUACAAAAAUAUUUAAAAAAUUUAUAAACACACAAAAUUCUUCAAAGAAUAAAAAUGCGUAAGAUAGCAACAAAGUCACUGCUCUUCUUGUUAUUGGCAACAAUUGCCAGCAGCGUCUUGGCGCAAUCGCCUGUAGAUUGGCAACCAUUGCUUGAACAGCAAAACUUGGCUCUACGCCAGGUGGUGCAGACAUUGCAAUUGACCCGUGGCGCAGCCGUCGGAGCUGAGGAAACCGAUGCAUGUUUCGAUUGGUAUUUGGAUAAUCAGACGGCGAUCAAUGAAGUCUACUACAAGGAGUACAACGAUUGCAAAAAUACGGCAACGGCGGCAAAGAAAUUGCUUUCGGAGCAAAGUGCGUUGGAACGUCGAGAUCUUUUGGAUGAUGGUCACUCACUUUGCUCAUCUUUGGCUGCUUGCGAAAGUAUCUCUGAUGGUUUGGAGUUCUUCCAAUGCUACAAUAAGGCGUCUGACGAUAACAGCCCGAAUUUGUUUAACAUAACCGUCACAUCGGAGCGCGUCGCUGACAAAUUGACAAUUUCCUAUCAAGCCAUCAACGACACCGAACGUGUGUGUACUACUAACGCCCGUGUUAAGAACGUGAAUGACUUAAGUACUAGCAGAACGUGUCUAAAUGAUUGUUUGCUUGGAGAGUGGAGCCCACCAAAAGCACAGAACGAAGUCGUCAGCGCCCAAAUCUCUAAAGAUGCCGAUCAGUCAAUUGAAAGCCGGACUCAAAUAUCGGCGUGUGCACUACAUGAUUGCAGCAAAGCAAAGCAACAACAACAGCAGUGCACAACAACAAGCACAAUUUGCCAUCAAUUACACAUUUGCAAUCGCCUACUUGUUGUCUACGUGCUCUACCGUGUCGCCUUACAUAUGCACUCAACAAUGGCUCAGCGAGUGUCAUUGUUAAAACAGUUAGAGUCGCUGCCGCUGUCGCUGUUGCUGCUUUUGCUGUGGUUCACCAACAGCUGUUGCAAUCGGGCGCAGGCAUUUGCGGUAUUAACGGAGAAUGUGGUUGGUGUUGGCACCGGUAUGCCAGCGAAUGAUAUUGUUGUUGGCGAUGUCGCUCUGGUGUUGACGCGCGUUGAAAAUGAUUGCUUUGAGACAUUUUUGCAGGAGAGUCGAAAUGCGAGCAACACCUAUGCGUCGGCAUAUCGUGCAUGCCAAAUGUUGGGCAGUCGGAAGCGCAUGGAAUUUGUGAGUGCGGAAUGGUCAACGCGAGAGGAUAUGACGGAGCAAGUGACUGAGUUGUGUACGAAUAUUUGUGAUUGUGCACAAAUUGCGGGUGAUAUGGAGUUCUUUCAAUGCAGCGCCCAACAUUCCUUUAGAGGUGUGAACACAAUGCAGCAAGUAUACCUGAAUUCCACCGCCGCCAUUGUGGAAUUGGAACACAAAUAUGAAGAAGCGGAAAAGCAGAUUCUUCUUUGUAUUAUCGAGGCCGAGCAGCAAUAUGUGGAUUCAUCUAGUAAAGCGUUUCUAAAGCUGUCGAAAUGUCUGAAAGCAACUUGACACAUUUUUUAAUAUCAAAAAAGUAAUUAUAAAAUUAUUAUAAGUAGAAGGAAAGAUAAAGUAAAUUAUGCUUUAAUAUUGUACAAUAUAAAUACUUAUUGAUUUAAGUUUUAUUUAAAUGAGAUCAAAUGAAAUUUUUAUUUAUUUUUUAUUUAUCAAAUGAAACUGUAUUGUUGUUUUGAACAAACUUUGUUGCCUGGAAUUUCUUGCUACUCGUGUCGGCCAGAAUUUCUAUACAAACAAACUAAAUAGAGAGUAUGAAUUGCUAAUCAUUUGUAAAUAUAUGUUUAUUUGCGUAAAUAAUAAAAUGUAAUGUAAAUAGAUAACAGCAUCAGGAGAUAUGCUGAUCGCACAUCAA